AGUGAUCUUGUCUCUGCUGUUGGAGGCACAAGCCACCGUGGACAUCAAAGACAGCAAUGGUAUGCGUCCACUGCACUAUGCUGCCUUGCAGGGGAAGGCUGACUCUGUACUUAUGCUCCUGAGAGCCGGAGCUUCUGUGAAUGGGGCUUCACAAGAUGGACAGAUCCCUCUCCACCUGGCUGCAAAGUAUGGACACUAUGAGGUGUCUGAAAUGCUACUACAACACCAGUCCAACCCCUGUACUGUCAACAAGGCCAAGAAGACCCCUCUGGACCUGGCCUGUGAGUUUGGCAGACACAAGGUGACCCAGCUACUGUUGAGCACUAACAUGGUGGAAGCUCUCUUAGAGGGGAACGGCAGGGAUAACACCCCCCUGCAUCUUGCUGCCCACAAUGGUCAUAAGGACAUCAUCAGACUGCUGCUAAAAGCUGGGAUUGACAUCAACAGAACCACUAAAUCCGGAACGGCUCUACACGAGGCUGCCCUCUAUGAGAAAACGGAAGUAGUACAAUUAUUGCUUGAUGCUGGGAUUGAUGUGAACAUCCGCAACACCUACAAUCAAUCAGCACUGGACAUUGUAAACCAGUUCACCACUUCACAUGCCAGCAAAGAAAUAAAACAACUCCUUAGAGGUGAUAAUUGCGGUUGUGGGGUUUUGAAAGACUACUGGAAUCUCCAUGACCCAACUGCACUCAACAUCCGGGCAGGAGAUAUAAUCAUGGUCUUAGAGCAGCAUAUGGAUGGACGUUGGAAAGGACACGUCCAUGACAGUCAGAGAGGCACUGACCGUGUGGGAUUCUUCCCUCCCUCCAUCGUGGAGGUCGUUAGUCGCAGAUCAGGGGGCAUUCUCUCCCUGCAGGCCUCACUACCCAUCCAGAGACAUCACAUUCUGUCCAGAGCCCUGUCCUCACACACUUCUCAUCACACCUCUCACACUGACGACUCCUACACCUUAUACUCAUCCACCCAUCCUGUACUGACUCACCACAAUGGGCUGGAUCAGCACCCAGCAGGUGACAGGAACAGUGUGGGCAGUGCAGGCAGCAUGGGCAGCAGUCGCAGUGCUGGCAGUGGACAGAGCACUGAGGGAAACUUUCCACACAAUGGACCCAAUCAGUUACCUUUUGCUGUCCAGGACACCACCAAGCUGCCUCCCUCUGCUGGAGAACUGGUGGAACACUGCAGUCAGGCCCCUGACCCCACAAAACAGACGGACCCUCAUUCAGGCCAUCAGAAGAAGCUGAUGCUUGCUGUUAAGAAGCUCAGUGACAUCCAGAAGGCUCGUAAGAACCAGGCCGAGGGGCAGGCAUUGCUACAGUGCAGGAGAGCUCCUCCCGCCCUCGAGCUGGUGGCCAUCGAGCAUCACAACAGCUCUGAAUGCCCCUCGUCUCCUCUAUCACCAAAGAUGCUCACCUUCCAGGACAGCGAGUUGAGCGUUGAGCUAAAGAAUGCCAUGGCUCGCAGCGGACUCGGUGGAGGCCAAGAUGGUUUCGGAAACAUGGAUGGAACAUCCAUGCGUCUUAGUCAAGAAAGCAUCGGUACACGGUCAGGAGGGUCAGGACGGUCACAAGAACAUCCAAUGGCAUCGGUAACCCCUAACAGCUGCACACAAGAGAGCCUAGGCAGCAUGGACAACAGUCCCAGCAAGGAAUCUCAGGAUAGAAGUCAAAUAUCACCUGUAAAAAUGGUGCCAGUGUUGCCGCUACAGCAUCAUCACCCCUCAUCUGGCAGUCCAGUAAGGACGUCACCCAUAGCUACUAGUAAAAUAGCAUGUUUCGAAUAUCCACCCAUCCUCACCAAACCUAGAUUGGUGGUUUCUCCCUCUCAGCCCCAUCAUGGAUCACCUCAUCAGAGGGGCUUCAACUACCUGCAGCAUCAAAACUGCAAUGCCAAUGUGGAAAGCCCAAGUCCAAUCAGAGCUCCGCAGCCAAACGGGGAGCCAUCUCUGUCCAAAAAGUGCACUCAGAGUCUUUCACGCUAUGCUAUGUCGGAUGGAGAGAAUGAAGAAGAUGACAUCUCGGCCCCAACAACAACCACCGCUAAUGUGGCGUCUUAUGCCACACUCACUCGCAAGCCCGGCCGCAGUCAACCAUCUUACAGUUCCAGUGAGCGCCAAGUGGGCCGCAGUCAUUCCUUUGCCAUACGUGCCAAGAGGAAAGGUCCUCCUCCUCCCCCUCCAAAACGACUAAGCUCUGCCCCAAGUGGGGUUGAAAUGGAGAGUGCAGGAAGUGUCAGAAGCUUUGCAGCCAGGCUGAAGAACAAUACAGGAAGCCCAAACAAGGCAUGUAACAGCCCUGUUUUUAAAGCCAUGUCUCCAGCCAUCUCGCCAAAAAAUAUGGAAAACCGUAGGAGGACUGCUAGUGAAUCUUCAACGUAUGAAACAAAGCAUGGUGGAGAAAAUCCUGCUGGUGUAAACAUCAGCCCUCUGAGGAGCAAACAAAGUUCAACAUCCUCACAGGAGAGCAUACCUUUCGCAGAAGAGGGCAAAGUUACCAUCAAACAAAGGACCAAAAUAGCAUAUGCUAAGAUAGAGUCCGAGGCCGCUGUUGAAAUUCUGAAGCCAGUGCAAUCUAUCAAAUCAUCCCUAGAGGUGCCGGAGAUUAACUUAAAGGAAUCAGACACAGUCAAAAGGAGACACAAGCCAAAAGAACUGCAGAUGAAGGGUCAGGGCAGCAGCACGCAAAUAGGAAAUGAGAGGGCCGCUGAGACCGAGAUGGUCUCGCAAUGCAUGCAGAAUAGUGGACUGACAAAAAAUCCUUGUAAAUCUGGCCUUUCUCCGAAACCAGGAUCUCCACAUAAACCUCCCACCCCUUCUAAGCCCACAUGCCAUUCUUCUGCAGCAAACUCAGCAGCUCAAGGUCAGUCUGUACUGGCAGGAAAGCCACAGGCUGUGACGGAAGGCCAGAACGUGCUGGUCCACAAACGACUUGAGCAAACCAGCACGUCUCUCGAGGCAGCACUUAAAGUUGUGGAGAAGAAGUUGGCUCAGGAAGAUCCAGCAGACAGAUUUAUUUCUGCAUGUACUGUACACUGGCAGGAUGGCCAGUACUUGACUGAAAGAGACCUUUCUCUAACUGUUUGAUGUGAACUACAUUGUUCAAAAGAAUUGUAUAUGUAAAAACUGUGAGAAGACCAUCCUGUUCUUGCAUGCUUUCUUUUUGUAAGCAACAAUCUGGAAUUACAGGUUUUGUGUUACGUGGCAUAAUGAUAUUUUAAUGGACAACAGCACUGUUGGUGCUACCGUAUCAUUUAAAUGAGCACGGUGUACUUUAUUUCCCAAGUUCAUUCCUUACUGCAGUGCUUUGUGUGGCAUUGCGCUACGUUGCUUUGCCUGAGUGGGGCCACCAGUACCAUACAAUAAUUAAAAUAGGCCUCUAAUUCAAUUAUUUGAACUACUUGAAGUAUUAUGUUUAAUAAAAACGUCACAAGAUCAAUCCUCAAGUUACUCAUGUCAAAGUGGCUUUAACAUUUGUUUUAUUAUAUAGUAUCAGAUCACUGAAGCUGUCAUUUGAACUCAUGGGAUAGAAA